AUGUCGGGCCAUAGUGUUCUUCCAAUUCAAUUCGAUGAAUUGAAGAAUCUCCUUCAGGACGAUAUUGAUUCAUUUGAUGCAUUAUACCGUUUAAAAACGCACAAUGCAGAAGAGAUAAGUUCAAUUUACAAAGUUAUUAAAACGAAAUUGCUUGAAACAAAGAAAUAUUCUCCACAAACCAUAAUAUAUAGCAUAUCGGCAUUAAUUUUUAAUAAUAAUGGCUAUAUAAAGUCAUAUUUACAAUUAGUUAAACAAAUAUAUGAUGAUUAUCAUCCCAAAAUUACAAAAGUCUAUUAUACUUUUAAAUAUCUAUUUUACAAAGAAUAUGGAAUAUUGUUAAGAGAAGGCGAUCAUGUGGCACGUUUGAAAUCUUUUGAACAAGACAAUAUAAAUUCAAAUGUUCAUGAAAAAAACACAAUAGGCAGAGCUAUUAUGGAUGAUGAUAUAAAUUCACUUAUAUCAUUCACAGAAAGAGAAGGUUUUAAUCCCAAACAAAAAAAUCAUUAA